CUUUCUGCUUGUGCAUCCAUCUACCGGGUGCCGGUAUGUUGACAGCACGGUCAAAGGCGCCGACUUUCCCGCGACCGGCAAGGCGCAAUCGCGAAGCACACCACCUUUGCGCAAACCUUCAGGCUGGAGGCGCGUACUUGAGAUCAGGUCUCAGCAGAUGGUGGUUGGCCUGCCAGCGACGGUCGGGUCGAGGUAGAGUGUCGUGCUGGGUCAGAGGAGCGCGGUCCACGCCUCUACACUUCCACAUUGCCCAUCGAUCGAUCCUUACACCAGCGCCCUCGGAAGCUUCGACGAAUCCUUCAUGUCUUUUCACACCCACACACACCAUCUGACGUUCCAGCUGGUCUGGACAGUCCCCUCGUCGCCUCUACACGCAGACGUUCAGCUAUGCGCAGCCUGUUUCUCAUCUCGGCUCUUCUCUUGAUAUCAUGCGCAUGCUCGCAGGUUUGGGCCCGAACAGCCCUCUUGCCUCACCGCAGCCACGCUAACAAUGCUACGAUCCAACGUCGAGGCGUCUUCGAAAAGAUUGUAAGCAGACUGCGGCCAAUCUUGUCGGGUCGCACCAGCAAGGCGAACCCGACGCAAAUGGCACGCACAAGUCAACUUGCAGUCUCGCAGGUCGCAGAGGCCGCAUUCCCUAGUCCUCGCAUACAACAUGCUUUGCACGAUGCAGCGCGACUCGAACGCAACACUGUGCCCAUGACGACACAGCCAUACCGAGUCGUGGGAGAGGACGGCAAGCCAAUGCUGCGUCUGGGCCGUGUGAGUAUACGUGGACAUGGCUUCUCAUGAGCGCAAUCACCCAACGUUGUCUGAUCAUCCUUACAGGAGAUCUGGGGAGUGCGACGAGUGCAGCUAGGCCCCAACACACGCAUCCCCUACGUAUCACAUCCUCAGUACCAGGAGGUGCUCGACAAGAUCCAGUCAGAAACC